AAAAUUAGGAAUAUGCCUUGGCACCUUUGGAGAAAGUUGCUGGAAUAGUUACUAUACACGCCAGUAGUUUCUUAAUUUAGAAAUGAUUAAAAGUUUAAUGUGAAUCAUUGAAUGCCAAUCAAACUUAAUAUCAGUUGUAUGUGGACUGAAACGGUGGUGAUUUAGUACACAAGAUGGAAAAAAGUACCGACAAAAUCAUCAGUGCUGAUGAAGGGCAAGGAAAAUAUCCCCCAUCAGACUCCAUUUCUAUAGAAGACGGCGUUGACAUCACUGAUCUACAGAUAGACGAUGUUCAGUAUUCAGAGGAACCUCUGACUCUGGACAAACUCCCAAUAGAGAUACUAAUGUACAUCUGCAAUUUUUUGGAUGCCAAAUUCCUGGUCCGUUCCUUAAGUAAAGUUUGCAGAAGCUUUCAGGAUUUGUUUGUGAGUGAUAUUUAUUGGAAAACUCGCAUCAAGAAAAAGUGGCCAAAACCAUAUCCACCAGUGUAUGAUGACAAUUUCUGUUGGAGGGAGGCUUGCAUUGUCAGGGAAGAAUGUUUUAGAGUGUGGAGUAAACCUGACACAACAUGUCACCAUUUCUUCUACAAAGAGGCAAUCUUUGCCCCAGUAGAUGCUGUCCAUCUGAUGAAUAAUGGAACCAUAUUAGCAUCUGGAUCAAGAGACAGGUACCUGAAUGUUCUGGAUUUGAGCAAAUAUAAUCCAGAUGAUCCAGCUAGUAUCAAAGCCAUGAAAGUGUUUUCAGAUCACAAAGCACACAAAGGUUGGAUAUGGUCUUUGGCUUCACAUGAGAACACGCUCUGCUCCGGAUCCUGGGACACCUACAUCAAGUUGUGGGACCUUGACAAUGGGGUCAAAGAGUACAACAAAUACAAAUGCAAGUCAGCUAUUCUGGGAAUUCAUUUUGAAGCUAAUCAGAUUUAUGCAGCUGGAUAUGAUCGUCAUGUAUAUAUCAUUGACCCCAGAGAGAGUGAGGUCCACAGAAAACGGUACCAUCGUCGACCUGUUCUCUGUUUAGCAGCUGACGAUAAAUACAUCGUAACAGGAAGUGAGGAUAAAACUAUCGCCGUAUUUGAUAGGAGGGCUGGACAGGUGUACAAAACAAUACAGUUGGAGAGUUUUGCAAUGGAUAUAUCUUUCAGUCACCAACAGUUGUGGGUGGCUGACAAAGAGGGCAAUCUCCAGCUCUAUGAUGCCUCUCUGGGACAGUUUAAACAUAUAAAGACGUAUGAUGUAGGGCAUAAAGGCAAGGCCACGGGGGUCAUUUACUCUCCAGGAGCAAUAUUUACAAGUUCAACAGACAACACAAUCAAAGUCCUGGAGCCCAACCUGAGCCCUGCAGCUAUCACUACCAUCAAUGACCACUCUGCUCCAGUUACUAGGUUCUUUCCUCCACUCAAAAAUGAUUUGAUAUUAAGAGCAGCAAGAGGAGAAAAGACAGAGCGUACACCGGUUUGGCUGAUGCGACAAGCGGGCCGAUAUUUGCCAGAAUAUGGAGAAUUUAAAUCUAAACAUUCAGCCUCCUUCUUUGACAUGGUCAGAAAUCCUGAGUCUUCUUGUGAAAUAACUCUUCAGCCUCUGAAACGCUUUGAUCUUGAUGCAGCCAUCAUCUUUUCGGAUAUUCUAGUCAUACCACAAGCAUUAGGGAUAGGAAUAGAAAUUGAAGAAGGAAAGGGAAUGACAUUUGACUUUUUACUGCAAACUCCUGAAGAUCUGAAGAAACUGAACACAAUAGUUGAUGUAACCCAGGAGCUUCAUUAUGUCAUGGAUGCCAUAACUCUGACCAGGCAGAGAUUGGAGGGACGAUGUCCUCUCAUCGGCUUCGCUGGUGCUCCUUGGACCAUCAUGAAAUAUAUGAUUGACGGUUCGUCGUCAGCCCCUGUCCCCAAGGCCAGAAGGUGGCUGGUGCAGUACCCUGAGGCCAGUAACACCUUACUGAAGCUACUUACUACGAAAACUAUCGAUUACCUUGUGGCUCAGGUCAAAGCCGGUGCUCAGUUGCUCCAGGUGUUUGACAGUAAUGCUGGUGAGCUUGGUCCUGCGCUGUUCAAUAAAUUUGGACUGACUUACCUCAGACAGUUAGCUUACGGUGUCAAGGAGCGACUCACGGAACAGAACAUAGAACAUGUUCCGAUGACAGUGUUUGCUAAAGACGUCCACUUUGCCCUGGAGGAUCUGUCUAACAGUGGAUAUGAUGUUGUCAGCAUCGACUGGACCAUUAAACCCACCCACGCUAGGAGGUUGGUUGGAAGUCAAGUGACUUUGCAGGGAAACCUUGAUCCAUGUAUGCUGUAUUCUACGAAGGAUGAACUGAAGCAUGCUGUCAAAGAUAUGGUGACCAAGUUUGGUCCCCAGCGCUACAUUGCUAAUCUGGGUCAUGGGGUGAUCAGGGAUACCGACCCUGAGAAUGUGCGGACAUUUGUGGAUUCAGUUCACAUCUACUCCGAGGAAAUUAAUGCCAAUGCAUAGCAGUGUAUCCCAUAUCACUACGUCAUACUGUGUGAGAGGUUGAUGGAAGAAGAAAGUGAUUGAUUUGUAUGAAUGCUGAAUUGCUGUAUAGUGGCUGCCGUAUUGUUUAUCUAUUUCUGGGUAGAGACCCAUAUCAAUUAUUUAAUAAAAGUUAAUGCUAUAAAAAUAUUCAAGAAAAA